UUUGAGAGAAUUUGGAUGCUUUAUCAUGACGCUUGGCACUACGUUGUUGAUUGAUGUGCAAAAACUGGUUGAAUGUCCAAUCUGCCGUGAGAAUUUUGUAGAUCCACUACAAUUAAGUUGUGGACAUACGUUUUGCAAGUCAUGUUUGGACAAGCUUCCUACCGCCCAGACUAGCAAAAGCGCAAAUGAUUGCGAUCCAUUUGUGAGAUGUCCAGAAUGUCGUCAAGACACAAGACUACCUCUAUCGAGUCUACCUAUCAACUAUCGUUUAAGAGAUAUGGCGGCACUUUUCUCCAGCUCGUCUACAUCAGCUAGUGCGACACAUGCCGAUAGCAAAAAAAGAAAAUACUAUUGGAUAUGCUCAAUAUGCGGUGACGUUUCGACGAAUGGCGUGUUCAUGUCAUGCUGUGACUGUGCUGUAGAUGACAAACAAGCUCUACAAAUGUGUCCUGUGUGUUGUCUCGUAUACCACAACGGACAUAACAUACUGAAGCUAAUGGAAGGAAGUACUCUGCCAGCAUCUCCAAUUGCUGAUAUGAAGCCCUCUCAUCAGAAACACUCUUCUCAGCAACCUUCAGAUGUAGCAGGGUCAGCAUUCAGUGAGAGCACAUCAGACUUUCAACAGGGGCAACCCCAAGUCACUUCAGCAAUGGAAAUGGAUCGCACAAUAUCUAAUGGAGAAGUCGAAACAUACACAAUCCAGGAGCGACGCGAGGAUACCAUGAUUGAAGUGGAACAUAUCUCCGCUAAUAUGACAUUUGGAGCAAGACCUCGUUCUGAAAAUGCAAUAAGGUUACUUCCUGCGGCUAUUGAACGUGCCAAGAAAUACUGCGAUUGUAAGAUGCUCACGGUCUUCGUCAUCGGUUUACAAUACUUUGCUUGUUUUAUUUUACUUGUUCUAUUGAGAUUUGGUGUAAUAUGAAGUCAGUGAUAUUCGGUAACAUUCUUGACAACCUAUGAAGCUGCUACACAAAGCAGCGUAACAAGAUUUUUCUUCAAACU